AUGGGAUCUACAGAUGGUUCCGAUGCAGCAACAUCCUACAACCAGCAUGGCACACCGGGCAGCUACACACUGCGCGAGCUGAUCAGAGAUGUCCCGCUGUCCACCGACGAAGACGGCGUGCAGGCGCAUAUCACCUGCGUAGAUGCAUGGAACGGCAAUCUCUACAUCGGCACCUCCGCUGGCGAGAUCCUCCACUAUGUAUCUAUCCCGCCUGAUCCGUCCGACGAGAGCGGCCAGCCAAGCUACAUCUUCGCGACAAAGAUCGAGCCCACCUUCAACACAGCACAGGAGGGAGCAGAAGCUGGAGUCAAGCAGAUACUGCUGCUACCAAACGUGAGCAAGGCAUGCAUAGUCUGCAACCAGACGCUUACGUUCUUUACCCUUCCGGAGCUGAGUCCUGCAUAUGGUGGAAUCAAGCAAGCAAGCUGUUCCUGGGUCGGUGGACUGGACAAAGAUGUGGUUGGCCAAGAGAAUGGAAACGGCACAGUUGUGGUGAUAUGUCUAAGGCAAAGGCUGCGCUUGAUCCGCAUGAAAGAGGAUGGAACACGACCAGAGAAGGUCAGGGACAUUGAGCUCGCUGGUAUCACAGUCCUAGAGCGGAGAGGAGAUCUUGCGUGUGUUGCAGAUGGGCAAAUAUACUCCUUGCUAGAUGUAGUCAACCAUCGCAAGAACGAGCUUUUUCCCAUCUCGUCGUUGAGCGUGCCUCAGUCACCCAGGCAAGAAGAGCUCGUACCACCAUUGCAGAAUCGCCCUGCUGCGCGAAGCUUCUCAUCUCGCAGUCCCGUGCGUCAUGGCCGCGGCCAUCAGAGGAAUAUCAGCUUAGGUGGCAAGCCACAGAGCAAUGAUCGCCUGCGACCAGACAGCAGCUCGCCUUGGCCAGCAAGAGGCUCUUCGCGACAGGACGAGUCGCCUGUUGCACCUUCAAGCAGACAAGAAAGCCCCACGAAGCCUGCGCCUGAGCCUGCCUCACGAACUUCCACAGACUCACAGCCGGUAGAAGACGCAAAACCAUCCCGACCAAUACCUCCACAUGUCUUAUCAGCGACACCUAAUGAGUUCCUGUUGACAACUGGCACCAAGCUGGAAGACCCCGGUGUAGGCAUGUUCGUCAACCUCGAUGGUGAUGUCGUGCGUGGCACGAUGGAGUUCAGCAGCUACCCGGAGUCGCUUGUGCUGGAUGGCACGGGUCAAUCACCUGUCAUUCCAUCAUCUGAUAGCGAAAGUCAGGCGGGCUACGUUCUUGCCGUGGUUCGAAGACAGCAUGAAGGCACGGCGCAAGUCUGUAUUGAGGUGCAAAGAUGGGAUGUUGAUCCAGGUGAAGCUCAUCGAAGUAAAGAAUGGCUGACGGUGGAAUCGACACAAGAGAAUGCUGAGGACGAUUCGUACACUCGUGGCGUUGGCCUAAGAAAUGCUUCUACUUCCGUCGAGCUUACCACCAAUGGGGUAUCAUCGGGAUUACGACUGAGGCGAUUGAUCAUUAGCGAUGCUACGGACGAGACCACCGAUACACCACGGAAUGAGGAAGAAGAUAAGCUUGCUGCACGCUUCGCUCAUGUUCAAGCCAAUGUUCUCCUAUAUGCCAAAGACAAAGUCUCUUGGAUCGCCAGAACGCCACUAAUUGUCCAGCUAGAUCGACAGCUGGACGCUGCGUUGCAGCAGUCAGAAGAAUUUCAGCUCUCGAUCGAUGUGCCGACAGUACAAAGCGUGGUCAACAGCGUUCGCGGACAGGAGCCUCGAGACGAGCUCGAGUUUCUUACCUUGACGUACGUCCGACAAAAGGCAGCCAUACUCUUGUUUGGCAAUCUCGUCCUGCAGACCAUCGGCGGUGUCAUAUCGUACGAGCACGACAAGCGACGGACAGAAGAUGCGCUAGUAGCGGGCGAGAUCGACCCCCGUAUAGUUCUGACAUUACUGCCUCCACUUGACCAAGAAAUCAUCGAGGGUAAGCACGGAAUGUGGAUGCCUCAGGGACUUCGUGACACUGUCGACAAGCUCCGUAAGGGCUUCAGUGCCAAAGAGUUGAAGCGCGAUGUCAAAGGACCCUACGGCGACAAUCUACUGAAGCUCAUCAAGCAGUAUUUGAUGGAAUGGCGAAAGAAGAAAGGUUUUGGGAGUGUUGCUGACGAAGCAUCUGUGUUCCAAACAGUGGAUGCCGCUUUGCUCCACGUUCUAUUCCUGCUCGAUGAGAACAGUCCUCGAGGGCCAGCUACGCCCGGCACAAUACGUGAGGAGCUCAAUCAAGUCGUUGACAAGGGCGUCGACUGCUUCGACAGAGCUAUCGAGCUUUGCGAGCAGUUUCAGCGACUUUACGUUCUGGGUCGCUUGUACCAAAGUCGCAAGCUGGUAUCGCAAGUUCUGGCCACCUGGAAACGCAUAGUCGAAGGUGAGAAAGACGCAGGCGGCGAAAUGAUCAAAGGCGAGCACGACAUCCGAAGGUACCUGGCCGUGAUCCGAGACGCUACCCUUGUGCAAGACUACGGUGCCUGGCUGGCGCAUAGGAACCCCAAGCUCGGCGUCCAGAUCUUUGCUGAUGAUAAAAGUAGAGUGCGUUUCCAGCCCAAGCAAGCGGUGGCAAUUCUGAAGGCGAGAGCGCCUGGUGCUGUCAAGGACUACCUGGAGCACCUUGUCUUUGGCAAGAAGGAUGUUGAAUACAUCAAUGAUCUGAUUGUCUUCUACCUGGACACAGUCUUGCACGAGCUGGAGGGAUCUAAAGACUCGAGAAGUACACUAAUACAGUCGUACGAGACGUACAGAGCUCUACAUCCCCCAAAGCCAACAUACAGAGAGUUCAUCACCGACAAUGCAAUCGAAGCCGAAUGGUGGCAGAACCGGCUCCGCCUUCUACAGCUCAUCGGCGGCAGCCACGGCGCAGCAUCUCAAUACGACGUCCACACUCUAGGCGAACGACUCGCACCCUACAGCAACGAGCUAGUACCCGAGAUGAUCAUCCUCAACGGCAGAGAAGGCAAGCACGAAGCAGCCCUACGACUGCUAACCCACGGCCUCGGCGACUACGACACAGCAAUCCGUUACUGCCUCCUCGGCGGCUCAAGUAUCUUCCACCCCAGCUCCGGCCUCGUACCCGACCAACCACUCCCCAGCAAGGAGGAACAAUCCCACCUCUUCCAAUACCUCCUCAAUGAAUUCUUCAAAAUCGAGCAUCUCAGCGAGAGACUCGAACGUACUGCAGAGCUACUGGAGCGAUUCGGGGGAUGGUUCGAUGUGGCGCAGGUUCUGGAUCUGAUUCCCGAGGACUGGAGUGUGGAGUUGGUUUCGGGGUUUCUGGUUCAUGCGUUUAGGAGGUUGGUUGGGGAGAGGAAUGAGAGUGAUGUUGUGAAGGCGUUGUGUAGUGCGCAGAAUUUGAGAAGGAGUGGGGAGUGGGUUGAGAAGAUGGAGGCUGUGGGGGCCUCUGUGGUGGUUGAUUCGGGGGGAGGGGAUGUGGGGUGA